AUGGCAGCCGACGUCUCAACCACCCUCGAGUCUCUCAUCUCCAAAAAUGCCAAAGCUACCAAGCUCGUCUACGCCGACACGAACGGGCGCAAGCGGAUACGCCUCGACCCAGCCGUCAACGUCGAGCCAGAGGCUGACAAGGACGCGCUGUCAGUCCGUCUGCACGCCGAAUACAACGAUGUCCUGACCCUUCCUACCGCCCUAGCCGCCAAGCAGGCGAGCGCCGCCAGCGCGCGGAAGAAAGUCAGGAAGCCCGCCGCCACAGGAGAGGGUGCGCCGACGCCCGCCGAGGAGAACACAAGGAAGUUGAUCGAGGGCAUACCAGCCAAGGCGCCCGGCGGCAAACCCGGCGCCGAUGGACCACAGGCUGGUGCGCUGGUACAGUUCCGCAAGCCGGCUGCGGUGCCGGGCGCGGCGGGGCGCGGGGCGCAGGAUGGCGGCACGCAGACGACCAGCCUGAUGCGCCUGUCGGAGGCGUUGAGUGCGCAGCCCAAGCCCGAGUGGCACAAGCCGUGGAAGCUGCACAAGGUCAUCUCGGGCCAUCUCGGCUGGGUGCGCAGCGUGGCGGUCGAGCCCAACAACAAGUGGUUCGUGUCGGGCAGCGGCGACAGGACCAUCAAGGUGUGGGAUCUGGCGUCCGGCCAGCUGCGCCUGACGCUGACGGGACACAUCUCCACCGUACGCGGGCUGGCGGUCUCGCCGCGGCAUCCAUAUCUCUUCUCGUGUGGUGAGGACAAGAUGGUCAAGUGUUGGGAUCUCGAGACAAACAAGGUCAUCAGGCAUUACCAUGGCCAUCUGUCGGGAGUGUACACGCUUGCGCUGCACCCUACCUUAGACGUCUUGGUGACAGGUGGUCGGGAUGGUGUUGCAAGAGUAUGGGACAUGCGGACGAGGAGCAAUAUACACGUUCUCAGCGGCCAUACGCAGACCGUCAGCAGUCUCGUCUGUCAAGAAGCCGAUCCGCAGGUCAUCACAGGUUCUCUGGACAGUCAUGUUCGGCUUUGGGAUCUGGCCGCCGGCAAGACCAUGGCGACGUUGACCCAUCACAAGAAGGGCGUGAGAGCUCUGGCAUCUCACCCAUCCGAGUUCACCUUCGCGACCGGCAGCACUUCAAGCAUCAAGCAGUUCAAGUGUCCCGAGGGCGCCUUCAUGCAGAACUUUGAGGGUCACAACGCCAUCAUCAACACCCUCUCUGUCAACAACGACAACAUCCUGUUCUCAGGUGGUGAUAAUGGCUCCAUUAGCUUCUGGGACUGGAAAACUGGCUACCGCUACCAAGCUCAGGACACGAUUGCCCAACCGGGUUCACUGGAUGCUGAGAACGGUGUGUUCUGCUCCACCUUCGACCAGUCGGGUCUCCGGUUGAUUUGCGGUGAGGCGGACAAGACGAUCAAGAUCUGGCGGCCCGACGAUGACGCAACGCCCGAGUCUCACCCUAUCGAAUGGAAGCCAACCUUGGCGAGGAGGAAGUUUUGA